AUGAGAACCAGUAUCGAACGAAGGGCAUCUCGAAAGAGCAUUUCAGGCCGCGCAUCACUUGACGAUUCCAAGCCAGUCCAAUCUAUCAGCGAGAGGUUGAGUGGGAACACAAAAUGGGAAAUGGACGACUUCAUAGUGACGAAGAAUUUGGGCCAAGGCAAGUUCGGAAACGUGUACCUGGCAAAGGAGAAAUGCACAAACGUCACUGUUGCUCUCAAGGUUCUGUUCAAGUCCCCUCUGACGCGCGACGGCGGUGUUAACAACUUGAAGCGCGAGGUCGAAAUCCAAGCACGCCUUCGCCACCCAAAUGUUCUGUGCAUGCACGGCUACUUCUACGACGACUCAUGCGUCUAUCUCGUGCUUGAAUAUGCACCGUAUGGAGAACUCUAUAAAGAGUUGGCCAAAGAAAAAUUCUUUGCUGACGCUGUGGCUGCCCGCUACGUGGCCCAAGUAAUCGAAGCACUGAGGUAUUGCCACAGUUGCAACGUGAUUCAUCGAGAUAUCAAGCCUGAAAACCUUCUACUUGGACACAACCAAACCAUCAAGCUUGCUGAUUUCGGGUGGUCAGUACACGCACCAAAGCCCUACAAUCUCCGUAAGACGUUUUGCGGGACUCCGGACUAUCUCAGUCCAGAAAUGGUGAUGGGAGAGUCAUACGACUAUCGGACCGACUCGUGGAGUCUUGGUGUACUCACUUAUGAGCUGUUGGUCGGGUCAACGCCAUUCUACAGCGAGAACCAAAUGGAGAUGUACAAGAAAAUUGAACUUGUGGACUACCAGUUUCCAUCAAGCCCGCUCGUCUCUGAGGACGCAAAGAGCUUUAUUGCGGGGCUGCUCAAACGGAAGCCUAGAGACCGAAUGAGCUUGGCCGAUGCAGCCAAGCACCCGUGGAUCCAGAAUCAUGAUUCGAACUAA